GGCCUGUAGGAUAAGAUGGCGGUCUCCACAGGAGUUAAAGUUCCUCGUAAUUUUCGCUUGUUGGAAGAACUUGAAGAAGGACAAAAAGGAGUAGGUGAUGGUACAGUUAGCUGGGGCCUUGAAGAUGACGAAGAUAUGAUGCUUACAAGGUGGACAGGCAUGAUUAUUGGGCCACCAAGGACAAAUUAUGAAAACAGAAUAUAUAGCUUGAAAGUAGAAUGUGGACCUAAAUACCCAGAAGCUCCUCCGUCAGUUAGAUUUGUAACAAAAAUUAAUAUGAAUGGAAUAAAUAAUUCCAGUGGCAUGGUGGAUGCACGUAGCAUACCAGUUUUAGCAAAAUGGCAAAAUUCAUAUAGCAUUAAAGUUGUACUUCAAGAGCUAAGACGUCUAAUGAUGUCCAAAGAAAAUAUGAAGCUUCCACAGCCACCAGAAGGACAAACAUACAACAAUUAAUUUUAGUGGAUCUCAAACUUGUCUUAAAUCAACAACCUUUUACUCAUGUUAAUGUCUUGAUUAAAUAUCACAAUGCAAAAUACCCACACAUUAAGUAAAGGAAUUUCACCUGGUAAACAUGACCUGGACAUUUGUAAGAAUAUAUUUAAUAUAUGUACACCCAGUAUGUUUUCAGGUAACAAGAGGAAAAAUAAAGCACAUUUUUUUUCUCUUAUUAAGGCACUGUCAUUUAAACAUAAACCUGGAAUAUACUCUAAAUAGAAUUCAGGUUUACAAGAUGAAAGUGUGAAGAGGGGUAUCAGAUGGCAGUGGAAGCAUGUGUGUUUCUGAAAAGUAAAAAAUCUCCAGAAGGAAAAACAGAAAUGGCAUGCUUUAUCCAUCUUGCUUAGUGAAAGAGCUGCAGUUGAAAUUGUUUAAAGUAGCAGGUAUAAUGAAUAUUGUCGCAAAUUGUGUUAAUUUUUGAAGCAGUGUGGGUGCUGACUACUAGUAGUAUGAAAAAUAUGUUCAGGAUUGUUUUGAUACCUGUAUUUAUAAUAAAAUGUUGGUGGGGGGGUGAUGAGUUUCUGUUAAGAGCUGUUCCUGUGUGUUACAUGUAACAGACAUGGUAAAUAUUUGUUUACAGUCUUUGUUUAACAAACCAUGCAUUUAAGUUUAAGUGAAGUCAACAAAAAGGAAAUAGGUGUAUGGAGAUGUGAUUUUGAGAUUAAAGUUAGUCUUAAAAUGU